AUGGUCGUAGCUUCCAUAAUCACACCUCCCCACCAUUUCUUCAUCCCCAACGACAAUCCCCUCGACCCAGAUUUCACCCACAGGGAUCAAGAAUGCAUCUCCUUGAUCAAAGGAUGUCGAAACAUCGACGAAUUCCGACAACUCCAUGGCCACAUUCUCAAGCUCGGAUACUUCUCGAAUCCCCGCUGCGUCGGGAGCCUUGUCGCCGAAUGCGCGCUCUCCGCAUGGGGCAGCAUGGAGUACGCGCAGUCGAUUUUCCGGCAGAUUGACGAUCCGGGAUCGUUCGAAUUCAAUGCCAUGAUCAGAGGAUACGUCAAAGAUAUGAAUUCGAAGCGGGCUCUCGCAACGUACCUCGACAUGGUUAAGACAGGCGUCGCGCCGGAUAAUUACACCUACCCGGUUGUCCUAAAGGCGUGCGCCUCCGGAGAGGGGAAUACGAUUCACGGCCAGAUCGUUAAGCUCGGAUUUUCCGAGGAUGUCUUCGUCGAGAACAGUUUGAUCGCCGCGUAUGGAAGGUGUGGCCGUGUUGGCGAUUCUUGUGCCGUCUUCGACCGGAUGGAUCUCCGCAAGACGGUGGCGUCGUGGAGCGCGGUUAUCGCAGCUCACGCCGGGAAUGGAAUGUGGACCGAGUGUCUCGAUUUGUUCCGUCAAAUGAGUUUCGAAACGUCUUCGAGAGCCGAGGAGAGUAUAGUAGUGAAUGUAUUGUCCGCCUGCAGCCAUCUCGGAGCCGUCGAGUGGGGAAGGAUCGCGCACGCCUACGUGUUACGGAACCUGUUGGGACACAACGCCGCAGUCGAAACUCUCCUAAUCUAUAUGUACAUAAGAUGCGGGAGACUAGAGAAAGGGAUGCGACUAUUUCGAGAGAUGGGGAGGCGAAGGAACGUAGAGACUUACAGCGUGGCAAUCUCGGGGCAGGCGAGCUACGGCGGAGGCGUCGAAGCGCUGGAAACGUUCGACGAGAUGCUUCGGAGUGGGCUCGAGCCGGACGAUGUUGUUUACGUGGGGGUGUUGAAUGGGUGUAGUCGGGCAGGGUUGGUCGACGAGGGCCUAAGGUAUUUCGACCGGAUGAGAAUCGAGCAUGGGAUAGAGCCGACGAUCCAGCAUUACGGGUGCAUGGUUGAUCUCUUGGGCAGGGCCGGGAGGAUUCGCGAAGCGUUUGAUCUCGUCGAGACGAUGCCCAUGAAGCCUAACAACGUUAUUUGGCGUAGCCUUUUGAGUUCCUGCAAGCUGCAUCGAGAAGUAGCGUUAGGGGAGGUUGCGGCGAGGAAUUUAUUUCGACUAAAUACGAAGAAUGCAAGCGAUUACCUGAUGCUAGCGAGUAUAUACGCACAAGCAGAAAGAUGGAUGGAUGUGUCGAAAACUCGGGUCAAAAUGGCGAGCAUGCGUAUAGGCCAAGUUCCCGGAUCGAGCUGGGUCGAAGUGAACAAGAAAGUUCAAAGAUUCGUGUCGAAUGACAUGUCUCAUCCGCAGAGACAUGAAAUAUAUGAAACGCUUCACCAAAUGGAGUGGCAGCUGAGAUUCGAGGGGUAUCGACCCGAUACGUCGCAGGUGUUACUCCUCGUCGAAGAAGACGAGAAGAAACAGAGACUGAGAUCACAUAGUCAGAAACUAGCAAUUGCAUUCUCACUGAUAAACACAUUGCAAGGGAGCCCUAUAAGAAUAGCAAGGAAUGUUAGGAUGUGCAGUGAUUGUCAUAAGUAUACAAAACUCAUAUCGGUGAUUUACGAACGAGAAAUCGUCGUUCGUGAUAGGAACAUCUUCCACCAUUUCAGAGAUGGAAGCUGCUCUUGUAAAGAUUAUUGGUGAGUAUGUGUUUAUUUGUCAAGAUUACAACAAAUAUUCGAAUGUGGGAGGAUAAAAGUUCUGUACCUCAACCUUCAAUGAAUGUGAAUCGAAGAAACAGCACCUGUGAUUUCUGUUGCCCGCGGAUCACUGGUCUCUAAGCAAACCCCGCGAGGAUCUUCUCUCACAAGCAACGCGAGAACGUUUCGUGCUCUCCAAAGUUUAAUUAAAUGGCUGCUUGCAUCA